UGAAAUGGGACGAACGGGGUACGAUGAUCGGCGCAAGUUCCGGCGGGCGAUCAAGCUGAUGUUAUCCAGUUCAUUGAUUAAGCGCACUUGGUCAAUGCGCUUCAGUUCGUCCAUCGGCGGCCGUGGACCGCGGUUGCCAUCGCACCUUGUUUAUUGUUAUUAUGGUUGCGAGCUUUUGUUGUGACCGACACCGCUCCUAGCAACGGGCGAGAAGCCGUAGCCAUAGUCACCGCGAACGGCUUUUACCGUCAACACUCGACCACAAUUAUUCAGGUGAACGAUUAGCACGAACAAAAAAUGCAUUCGUCUUCGAUUGUUCCGUUGCGUACACACGACGUUUACGACCAACGAAAUGAGACGAAAGUGAUGGGAAAAAGUUUUUAUUGUUUACAACUACAUAGUAUAAACAAAAAUAUUAAAAUACGCUAGAUAAUUCCAUGGCAACUUCUGUGAAGGGUGAAAUCAAGUUAGAAGGGUCAGCAGAUACUGGCUCCCAAAUUAAUGCUAUUAACAAUGUAACAGCUGGUGGAUUUGGUCAAAUUCUUGUUGUGCAACAAACUUCUGUGAACAUCAAUAGUAAAAAACGACUUGGAAAUGCUAUAAUGUGUGGAACUAGUCCAGUUAAUGAUGAUAAAUCUUAUAAAUCAAUAGAUGAUGAUAAACUUCACCUAGAUCAUAGAGACAGGAGUUUAUCUACAGUUGCUGUUAAUAAUGGCCAUUCUAUUGUUACGGAAAUAGUUCCCAAAGUAGAGCCUGUUGAUUUUUAUGAUGAUGUUGGUCAUUCUAAUUAUGUACAGUGUGUUGAAGGAAUUGGCGAACAAGCUAUUUUCACUAAUGGAGAUAUAGCGUACUCAGUUCAAACUGUGGGUGAAAGUGAAACAAUGCAUCAAACUGAUCAAACACAUUAUCACAACCCUAGCACAAAUUCUUAUUCCCAAAAUGUGUCAUGUCAUACAGUUAACGCUACUGAGUCUAGUGUAACAAACAUAGAUCAGUUGAAUGGUACCAAAGAGUCAAAUAGAGGAAUGCAAAACUCCAGUAUUAUGCAAGCAAAUAAAAUUUCUCCUGCAACUGUCGACUGGCUGAUGGAAAAUUAUGAAAAGGCUGAAGGAGUGUCGUUACUUCGAUCAACAAUAUAUGACAAUUAUUUAACACAUUGCUCAGAAACUAAAUUUGAUCCUUUAAAUGCGCCAUCAUUUGGUAAACUUAUCCGAUCUGUGUUUACAGGACUACAAACAAGACGUCUAGGAACUCGAGGAAAUUCUAAAUACCAUUAUUAUGGAAUUAGAAUUAAACCUAAUUCAUUAUUAAAUGACUUCAAAGAAGAAGAAGAAGAAGAAGAAAUUCUACCAGUUGAAACAACAAUUCGAAGUGGUAGUAAAAAAAAAAUUAAACUCAUUAAAACCGAAGAGCAAAAUUGCAAUCAGUAUAAAACCAAUAGUUCAGAUUUUGGUAAUAGUUCUCAAAAUAGUAUCUCAUCUUCUUCUCAAACACAAGAUCAAGAAUAUUUAGGUGAUGGUACUAAUGCUGUACCACAAUUUCCUGAUAUUAAAUUGGAUGAAAUACAAUUGGAUGAUGAUUGUACUCUAGAAGAUGUAGAUACAUUCAAAAACUUGUACCGCGAACAUUGUGAAGCAUUUUUAAGUGCCAUAUUGAACUUAGAAUUUGGCACUGUCGAGUCACUUUGGCGUCAAUUUUGGUGUAGUCAAGAUGAUACAAUUGAUAAAUAUGAAGGAGAACAAUAUUUAUCUAAAGAAAAAUUAUAUUCAUUAUCUAAGUGCAAAGCAUUGCAGCUGUUUGUUAAAACUGUUGAUUUUCUAUUUUACCAAAACUUGGUAAAAGUUUUAAUUCCAGAUGUUCUUCGACCUGUUCCUAGAACAUUAACACAAGAAAUUAAAGAUUUUUCCAAAAGCUUGGAGUCAUGGCUUAUAUCUGCAAUGCAAGGGUGUCCACAAGAAAUGAUCUCAAUAAAAGCGACUGCUGUUAGAGCCUUUGCACAAACAUUACGCAGAUACACUACUGCAAGAGCUGUGCUUCAAAAUUAUACCCAAAUAAAUCAAAUGCUUACUGAUUUGAAUCGUUUGGACUUCCGUAAUGUACAAGAACAAGUUCAACUUGUAAAUAAUUUGGGAAGUAAAAAUGACCCAGUUCAUACCAAGAAGAGAGUUAAGAGUAAAAUAAAUAAGGGCUCUGAAAUGCUUUUAGAUUUUAAUGAACCCCCCCAAAAAACCAAAACUUACAACUGUUUGGCUGCUACUUCCACGAAUUCCGAACGUUUUAAUGUUUUAUUAAAAAGUCCAAAAGAAUCCAAGGAAAAUAAAUCUAAGAUGGCAAUAAAAGUAAAAAAUGAGUCGUCAAAAGAUAAGUCUAGACAAGAAAAUCUUAAAAUGACGGAAUACUUGAAAAAAGACAUAUCUGAAGAUUAUACAAAAGAGAUAUACAAUGAUACUGCUACAAUGAACUCUCCUUUUAAUUCAAGAAUUUCAGUAAUCCACGAAGAGUACCCUAAAUUAUUUCAUAAGUUAUCAACAAAUAAAAUGAAUGAACAGAAAAAAGUUAUUAAGGUUAUGACUCGAGAGGAAAUUAUGUCACAAGAAAAACCAAAUAAACAUAAACAACAGACAACUUAUAAAGACUAUUCGAAAAACAAUUUCCCUCGAUCAUUAAACAUAGAUGAUAAUCAUACAUAUGAUAAUAAUGAUCGUGUUGGCCAUGAAGAUGAAUAUAAUUUUGAGUUUUUUGCUGCUCAGGGUGAUUACAGUUUGGAAUAUCCCUCUAUGACUGACACAGGUCAGUUUUCUUGUCGAUUUUGUGAUAAAGAAUUUACCAACGCUAAUAGUUUAUCGAGACACGAAAAUGUUCACACUGGAAAAACUCCUCUUCAGUGUGAUGUUUGCUUUAAAACAUUUAUAAGCAAAUCUAUAUUGUGUAUACAUAAAAGAUCACAUACCGGGGAGAAACCAUACGCGUGCAUUAUUUGUGGACGAUCAUUUACCCAAAAAUCACAUUUGGUCUUACAUUAUAGAACACACACAGGAGAAAAACCGUAUGAGUGUGGUCUGUGUGAUAAAAAAUUCUCAUCAACCAGUGGUCGAGCAGAACAUACACGUAGACGUCACCCAUUUGUUUGACUGCUGUUCUAGUUAAUAAUGUCUAAGAGUAUUUGCUUCUCCUAAUGAAAACAUAAUCUAAAUUUGUAGGGAAUCUACAAAUAAGCAAUUUUAUUUAAGGUACUUCAUAAUUAAAACUAAAAUGGAUAUUUUUUUUUAUAGUUGUAUUAUUGUUAAAUGUUAAAACGUAUCUUUCGUUAGGUAACAAUUUUUUUUUUAAAUUAUAAAUUUAUUGUUUUCUUGGAAAUUGUUGUUUAUUAAAAAAUAAAAGAAACAAAAUAUUAAAGAAGAUUAUGUUCCCAACCAAGGCUCGGAAGUUAUAGAAUCAAAAAAAUACUUGUUUAGCGCUUGAAUACAUAAAAAUAUGCACUAUCAUUUGGUAAAUAUGCAAACAGAAAUUGUAUAUAACGUUUUCAUUUUUAUCCUUUAAAAUAUCUUUUUUUUAUCAUAACUUGUGUAGUCUAACAAUUAUAUAAUAUUUUAUAUGGUUGAUAUAAGGUGAUCAUUGCUUAAGAAUUAGGCACUGUUUGUUCUUUAUUAAAUAAGAUAAUUCACUUCAAUACACGAGUGUCUCCGAUAAAUUUCCAAUAAUUCAAAUUCUAAUUUUAGUUAUUAUCGAUGAUUAAAUAUAAAAUAAAUUCAGCAAAAUGUUUUUGAUUCCAUUAGUAUGUGAGGAUGCAAAGAGAAAUAGCAAUUAAUAAUUCAAAAUAAGCAAAAUAGAGCUAAGAACCAUAAGCAUGCAAAAAUAUUAUAAACUACUCCAGGGGAGGUGUAAAAAAAGUAUGCAUUUGCUAGAAUUGUCCGUACCUUGUUCGUUACCCAUAAAUAAAGACCAUCAGGCAGCUCGCUUAGUCGAUUUGGAUUAAGAACUCAAUAAAGUAGUAGUGCUAUUGCUACCUUGUCGUAAUUAGCGUGACAUCUGCAAAAGAUCAUUUGAAUUUCUCUGACCAAGACAAACAACAAACUAAAUAGGUACAGUACCUAUAACUGUAGUAACUAGUAACAUAGGUGUUCUGUCAUCAUCCGUACUAGAAAAUGUUUAAUAAUUAUUAUCAUUGAAUACAUUUUCUUCUUGAGAAUGCUUUCGUAAGCAGAUAAUCGAUUUGACUGAAAUUAUAAACUAAUUGUACAUAGUUUAAAUUGUAUAUAGUAUAAUUUUACGUGUCCUAUUUUAAACACUUUCUACUAUACAGAUACUUGUCAAUUCAAAUUAAGUAUUACAAGUAUAAUAAUUAUGAACUAAAUUAUUAUUAAAAACGUACAAAUUUAAAAUAUUAUUUUACAGCUAAGAAACUUAUAAGUAUUUAAUAAGCAUUUAAGAUAUUUAAAGAGACAUUUGUCUAUUACCAACUUGGGAUAAAAAGAGAGUAACCAUGGACCCCAGCUCACAACUAGAUAUCAAUCAAUAGUGGGUUUUUGGCGGUUUUUGGCUAAUAUAUAGAUAAUGAAUACCUAUAUUAUUAUUAUUUGGCCCCAGGCUCAAAAUUAUUUUAUCCCCGGCUUUUCUGUUACCCAUAUUAUUAUAUUUAUCUAUUACUGAAUUUAAAUCUACCUUUGAUUCCAUUUCUUGUUCUGUAAAAAGCAGUAAUAAUGAAUCCAAAUGUUAUUUACCCAUUAUAAUGUAUUUGUUUUUUACUGUGGUUAAUUUUGAAAAAAACACAUACAGCUCUUUACAAGCAUGAUUUUUGAAGUUGUGUUCAUGAUAUGUUGUUAAAGUGUAAUGUGUAUUAUUGCAAUAGCCAAUAAGGUAAUAUAUUUUUUAACUUAUAAUGACAAAAAAAUCAUGCUGUCUACCUAAAUAUAUCUAAGUGGAUAUUUGAAUUAUCAAGAAGCUUCUUCUUGAGUAUAAUUACCUUAGAACUGGUUUUGAAAUAGUGUAACAUAGUUAGUAAUUUACUUUAAUUAUAAUUGAUGGAAUUACACUUUUAAAUUUGUAUACAUGCAUAUUUUGUUAAAGUUAUUAUAAAUAAAAAACGUUUCCA